GUGGGUUUAUAGCCUCUGUCAUAAGUGAUUAAAUUGAGAAGGAAAGAAAGAAAGAGGCAGGUGAAUGGCAGUUGGGAAAGUAUUCCCAAAACGACUGAUGGAAGGUUUCAAAUCGACGUUGCGGUCUCUGCCAAACACUUCCAAAAGCAGCCUCCGCCGCGAGGCCGAGGGCAGAGGCGUAUACAACUACGCGCAGUCGGAGAUUGUGUCGUUUCCGGGUGGAGAGAAAGUGAAAGGCGGCAACGGAAUUUGUGCCAAGGAUACGAGGAAGAUUCUCAUGGCAUCGCAGGUGGAGAAGCUGAAAGCCAAGCUCAGAGACAUUCCACACACCUCAAUUUCUUACGCUCACUAUUUUCGGAUCUGCCUUCAAUUUUCUCACCACAAUCAACGUCAAGCUGCUGAGUUUGCCAAGAUAUUGGAUCACUCUGGAAACGUCAUCGUCUUCGGUAACGUCGUUUUUCUUCGCCCAGAACAGAUGGCAAAAACAUUGGAGAGCUUGAUAUUGGAAUCAAUAGCCAAUCCAGAGGACCCGAGAAGAAAGGAGCUAGAGAACAUGGAGAGGCAAAAGGCCAUGAUUGACGAAAAAGCAAAGGCCCAGGUCCGCGGCGAGCUUUAUUGUGGGCUGGGCUUCUUGACGGCUCAGACAAUUGGGCUCAUGAGGCUUACUUUCUGGGAGCUAAGCUGGGAUGUGAUGGAGCCCAUAUGCUUUUUUUUGACCUCUUUGUACUUCAGUUUUGCGUACAUUUUCUUCCUUAGAACCUCAACAGAACCCACCUUCCAGGGCUAUUUCCAUACCAGGUUCAAGACCAAGCAACAGCGUCUCAUGAAGAGGUACAACCUUGAUAUUCAAAGGUACAAUGACCUUUGUAAAGCGUGCUAUCCAACUUCUUACGCACGUGCCAAUUCCCAACCUUUUCCACCUUUCAAUCAUGCCUAAGGAAUUGUUCUUGCUGCCAUGCAUCGUUCAAGAAUUAUAUUGCACGACUAUUACAUGAUCAAGAUUCAAGAUACUUCACUACUGUCUACUGAAAUCAAAAAUACUUAUAUAUAUCACUGCACUACUGAAAUUUUAAUUCUAAAGGACACAACUAUUACAAUCAUCGAGUUAAUAUAUAAAAGAUCAUAAAGCGCCUUUGUAGCCUCUAA